UUGUCAGUGAGAGAAAUCUUGGAGCCUGCUAUAUGCCUUGCUGAAGAUGGUUAUCCUGUACAUCCCAUAUGUGCUUAUUCCUGGGAGAAGGGUUCCUUUCUGUUGAAAGAUCCAAAGAAUAUAUAUGGUGGAGAUAUGUUAUUGAACGGCAAGGCACCUCGGGUGGGAGAAAUCAUGAAAAUGCCACUACUGGCAAAUACUUUUAAGGAGCUCGCCAGUGGUGGCAAAUCAUCAUUUUAUGAGGGGAGGAUUGGUGAAGCUAUUGUAAGCGUGGUUCAAGAACAUGGCGGUGUCUUGUCAUUAGAUGAUCUAAAGAACCAUACGACUACGUACGAUGAGCCGAUAAGUGUGGAUUACAAAGGUGUACGUGUUUGGGAGAUGCCACCGAAUGGACAGGGUAUUACAGCCCUCAUGGCACUUAACAUUCUGGAAGCAUAUGAUCUUAAAGGCAUGGGUCACAAUUCAAGUCAAUAUCUGCACACAUUGAUUGAGGCACUCAGGUUGAGUUUUGCCGACACUACUUGGUACUGCACAGACCCAUCAAAAGUAAAUGUACCAAUCAAAGAACUGCUUUCUGAAAAGUAUGCUGCUGAGAGAAGAAAGCUGAUUGACGGGAAAAG